CAUAUGUUUUCCUCAAAUGUCGAGCGCUUCUCUGCUGCCGAUCCGCCUGGAGCUCAUGCAUUUGUCCUGACGGGGCAACAGUGAUCAUGCAGACGGGUGAAGUUAGUUGUUGAAAGAGAUCAGAGAAUAAAAUGCAGGAAUAAGGUUUUUGUUGUGCUCCUUUUUGUGUCAAAAAUCUCUUCUGACAAAUGGAAGGAGAAACUAUUGAAUUUGAUCAGUAGAGAUGAAAUGAACGAUUAUUUUGGAGCUUGACCGAUCAUAUCAACCCGCUAUAGGUUUUAUGUUCAUGAAAGAAACUCCUAAGUGUCCACUGCCAAGUCUUGCUCUAAAUCACCGGCCCCAGCAGUGAGUCAUCCCACGCUGGUAGAGGAGUGCAGAGCGCUGUCGGGUGGCGGUGAACGGGAAAUUAGGCCUGACAAAAAAAAAGAUCUCUCCUCCACGGUUCGCCAAAUCAGGUUUUAAACUUAUACCGAGGGACAGACGAGUCGAUCUGCAGUGCAGUAGACCUCUCUGUAAUCCUCCAGCUGCUCCAUGAAUUAAGUUUGUCCUUGUCUUACCUCACACCUGCACUGCAGACAUAGAGAUCUGACCGCUCUGCUGCUCUCUCAAAUGGUAAUAAUGACCGUAAAGAUGAUUGUAAACAAUGUGUGGAGACACUCGGGAUACAACAAAUUAUUAUUUUUAUUAUACAUUAAUGUGUUGAUUAUUUUUGUGAUUAAUUGACCUAAUAAGUGUGUCAAACCCAAAGAUAAAAACAUUGGGCAAUUCCUCACAAUUUAGAAUUGGAUGAAUAUGAUCACUUUGUUGAUUCAUUUCAUUCAUGUUAGAAUUGUCAUUCUGAUGCACGUUACCAUGCUGAUAGCAUUUAGUUUAAGAACAGUGUCACUGAGCUACUUGUAUGGCUCUAAACCCAGAGUCUUGCUUCUUCAAGCUGCUAAAUUCACUAAUCAGAGCAUUGAUAGAGCACCAAAGAGGUGAACACUGUUCGCUCUGUCAGCAAUUUGGCCCUAAUUUGCACCGUUAGCAUUGUUUGCACCGUUGGAUGCGAGACGCCUGCUCUCAUAGAAAUUAUCCCGAUCUCAUGUAUAUAGAAUCCUUGAAUAAAUUACUUGAUUAAUUACAAUGAUUGGAUUGUUGAUUCUUUUUUAUGAAGAUCGGGUAAUUAACUAAUACAAACUUGCUGUUUUAGGAUAAAAGUCUUACCUGUCCAGACCUGGCUUUGUCUUUUACUGCAUGUUUUGGGAAACCGUUUUUUAUCCAUCUUACUUAUGCCACAUAAGUAAGAUCCUCUUAUUUGUCACCUCUAACUGUCCUUUUUUCUUGCUCUAUUCCUUUGUGUCAUUUCCUAUCUCCCUCCUGCUUUGCCGCCUGAGCUUGUGACAAAUGUGCCUGUUCGGAGAUUCCUGUGAAGAUGGCCUUCUUUAAGAACAACUUCUGGGGGGAGAAAAAUGCCGGCUUUGACGUGCUCUACCACAACAUGAAGCACGGCCAGCUGGCAUCCAAGGAGCUAGCCGAGUUUGUCCGUGAGAGUGCUGCUAUUGAAGAGACUUACUCCAAAUCAAUGAGCAAACUGGCCAAGAUGGCGAGCAACGGAAGUCCACAGGGGACCUUUGCUCCCAUGUGGGACGUGUUCAGGGUGUCUUCGGACAAACUGGCCCUCUGCCACCUCGAGCUGAUGAGGAAGAUGAACGAUCUCAUCCGGGACAUCAACAAGUACGGAGACGAUCAGGUCAAAAUUCACCGCAAAACAAAGGAGGAGAUGGUGGGAACAGUUGAGGCGGUGCAGGCGCUGCAGGUUCAGAGCGGCCACCUUCAGAAGUCAAAGGAGGGCUACCACGCCAAGUGUUUGGAGCUGGACCGGCUCAGGAAGGAGGGAGCGCCACAGAAAGAAGUGGAGAAAGCGGAGCUGAAGUCUAAGAAAGCGGCCGAGUCAUUUGCGGUGUGCAUCGAGAAGUACAACCGCGUGGGUGGAGAGUUUGAGCAGAAGAUGAGCGAGUCCUCCCAGAAGUUUCAGGAAAUCGAGGAGACCCACCUGCGACAGAUAAAACAGCUGAUCAAAGGUUACUCACACUCCAUAGAAGACACCCAUGUUCAAGUGGGACAGGUCCACGAGGAAUUCAAGCAGAAUGUGGAAAACAUCGGCAUCGAUAACCUCAUCCAGAAAGUUGCGGAGCAGAAGGGCACGGGCAAAGACAGGCCAGCUGUGGUUGGCUUUGAGGAGUACAUGACGGCUUUGCCACCAGAAGGCGGGAAGAAGAGUCGAGCAAAAGCCUUCAGGAUCCCCGGCCUCGGCAAGAGGGACAAGGAGCCGGACUCUAUAGACUCGGCUGUGCCGGAGACACCGAACUCACCCCUGGAAGUAGAUGAUGAAGGAUUUGUCAUCCGAGCUGACAGCACACCCAAUGGCUGCUCUGAGGAGAAGGAGAACAACUUUUACUCCAGUGACUCGGACUUUGAUGACGAGGAGCCCAAGAAGUUCCACAUCCAGAUCAGACCGGUCGCCAGCAGCAAUCGCAGUAACUCCGCUGCCACAGAGAAGGAGCUGAAAGCCACUGUUGGGGCGCUCACCCUGCCGCCCAACAGAGGGGUCCGGCAGCAGGUGAUAAAUAAGCGGCAUCUCUCCAGGAACUCGAGUACUGCAGGAGGUCGAUCAGAAGAGGGCGAAGUUGCCUCCCACGGGGAUGGAGAGCAGGAGGGCCUGCGCAGGUCCACCUCCAGUCCUGAUCACAGCAGGUUGAGCUCCACAGCGUCUGGUUCAGACAGUCUGUUCGGACCACCGCUGGAGUCGGCCUUCAAGUCCAAAAGCUUCGACGGUCGGGAACAAAUCAGAGAGCAGAGCGCUUUUGGUGCCUCUGAAUAUGCUGCCUUCUCGUCCGACUCCUCCUCUCCAGAGAACGUCGAAGACUCUGGCCUGGACUCACCUUCCCAUCAGCCCCUUGGGCCCUCCCCCGAGCCGGUGGGUUGGGCGGCUUGGCCUCCUGUGUCGCAGAGUAAAGAGCAGAUGCAAACACUCGGACGACCCGUGGACCCUUUCCUCUCUGCUUUCCGUGACCCUUCACCUGGUCGGAGUCCUCACCUGCAGGAGAAACCUGCCAGCGUCUGGUCCGUCGCCUCGUCGCGUCCCUCUCGUGUCCCCCCAGACAUGGACCUUUCAUCCAUGCGGUUCCCUGCUUUCUCCCAGUCCCUCCCACCGCCCGAGGUGGAGUUGUCAGUGUGGAACUGCAAACACAUCCCCCCCGAGGACCCCUUCAUCGCUGCGUUUGAGAGGACUGUCACCCAGGAGACAUUAAACCUAUCUGACGCCUGGGCGCGUCCACCGCCUCGCCCAACCCAGGAGGGCAGGCGGAUGGAUGUGCGAGUGGAACCGUUCUCCAUCGCCCUCACCGACACCAAGACACUCCCAACCCCCCCCUCCUCCUCUUCAUCCUCCUCUAAUCGUAAAAACAGAGACAGGAAAAGAGACCAGAGCCUCCCUCCUCCUGUUAUUUCUGAUGACCCGUUUGCAAUCACAAUGAUUGGCAGCCCAACGCACCAGUCGACGCUGGCUGUAGCAGCUGGGUUAAUCUCUGCACACACCAGCAGCAGCAGCAGCAGCAGCGUUGGUGGUGGCGGCUCUACCAAUAGGCUGGUACUCGAUGCCAAUUCAAGCUCUUUGCCCACAGCUCAGUCCAAGAAGGAGCUCAUUCACUGGAACUCUUUCCACAACCCGUUCAGUGAAAGUGUCUCCGGAGGGCAGAGCAGCUCCAAAACACAGAACGAAGGAGGAGGGAAAGGAGACGGAGGUGGCGAGAGGAGGAAACAUCGAUCAUCAGACAGUGAGCCACGCAGGAACGCCCCUCCACUCACAAGGCAUUCAGGACCACAGGAGGAUCUGUGUUUUUCCACAGAUAAGGAUCAAGACUGCCUGGAUUUGAACACUCAGAUAUCGUGCAGUACCGGCUCGCACAAGGGGUCCAAGCACAACUUCAGACGGGACACGACUGAAGUGGUUGCAGCUGCUCCUCCGAGAGCAACCCGAGCCAAUAGGGCGUCGGGCCGACUCGGCGGCUGCGAGAGAUCCCGGUCUCUGUGCUCCUCCCCUCUGCCGGAGCCCAGCCCCUCCCUCACCUCCUCCUCCUCCUCCAGCCCCAGUGAGUGGGGUCCUCAGGCCAGGGACACCGACUGGGGGGCUCAAAACCGAGCGCCUAGUCCCGCCAGAGUAGGCCAAGCCUCACCUCUGCCUUACCAGCACCAGGACCACCAACAAAGACAGUUACACCUGUCGCGAGGUCCCAGUCCCAUUUCGCUCAGCACACAGGAGGCCUGGCCGGUGGCAGCAGCCAUAACAGAAUAUAUCAACGCCUACUUCAAAGGGGGACAACACAACCGCUGUCUGGUGAAGAUCACUGGAGACCUGACGAUGUCCUUCCCUGCUGGCAUCACCCGGAUUUUCACAGCCAACCCCAACGUUCCCGUGCUCAGUUUCAGACUGGUGAACAUUUCAAGGAUCGAUCACUUCCUGCCAAAUCAAAAGCUGCUCUACAGUGAUCCGUCUCAGAGUGACCCAGACACCAGAGACUUCUGGUUCAACAUGCAGGCUCUGCAGCUCUACCUGCAGAGAGAGGCCGAACUCAACCCUCAGGCCUCGUACUACAACAUCGCGCUGCUGAAGUAUCAGGUGUCUUCUCAGGACCCGGGUAGGGCUCCCCUCCUUCUGUCUGCAGAGUGUCAGCGUAGCGGCACAGUGACGCGGGUGUCCCUGGAUUACCACUGCUGCCCCGCCACCGCGCCCUCCACCCAGCUCGCCGCUGUCCAGGUGCUGCUGCCGCUCGACCACACUGCCACAGAUCUGCAGUGCCAGCCUCCCGCCUCCUGGAACGCUGAGGAAAGACGGCUGCUGUGGAAACUACCAAACAUCUCCCCGACCAACCACAGCAAAGGCUCAGGGACUCUGUGUGCCAGCUGGCAGUGCCUGGAGGUCCCCCGCGGUCCUCCACCCAGCCUGGCUGUUCAGUUUGUGGGCUCCGGGGCCUCGCUGUCGGGCAUGGACGUGGAGCUGGUGGGCAGCCGCUACCGCAUGUCGCUGGUCAAAAAGAGAUUUGCCACAGGGAAGUACAUGGCCGGCUGCUCCUUGUGAACCGUGUAAAGGACCAUCACUGCAGGUUCAGAGAACUUUGCACUUUUUCCAAGUCCAGUGCCAGACGGAGGAGAGAGAGGAUUCAUGGUGAGAAAAUAAAGCUGAAGACUGACACCUCAACCUUGAAGGACAAUGUGCACUUACUUCUGACAGUGUCCUGCUGUUUUAGGACCAAGCCUUUUCUUCUUCUUUGCCUCUAAUUUAAGUUGUGUGUUGUACACUAAAUUGUCCUGCCUUCGGCAGCAGGACAACUCUUUUCUAUUGAUUCUCCUCUGUUCAGUGUGUUCUGAAUGUCAGAACCUUUCUUGGAUUAGAGGGGAAAGGAAAACAUGUGAAUAAAGUUAUCUGGAACCGAGUUGAAACUAGGAUUUUUAAAUUAUGUAAAUACUGUAGAAAUCUCUGGCGCAUCUCAAAAGAUCAAACGAGUCAUGCGUGAGCAAAAUAUCUUCUACCAAACCUUAGAAAAAAAUGUUUGUAAAUUUGAUGUUUGUUCCAAGUAGAGGUUUUGUGAUGUUGAUGUUUAAUAAAAAGAAAUGUGCUCAAACAUUUUUGGUUUACACCAAUUUAUUACACAUUGUGACCAAGUACAAAAUACAGCUGAACUAUGCAGUUUAUUACAGACCAUCAUCUGUCCUUAGGAUAGUUAAAGUGUAGUCAAGAACAGGUUUGAAAAUGCACAAAAAUAAGGGUUCAGUAUACUUGUAAGAAGAACCAAAUCUAGUUCAAUAAAAAAUAAUCCUCCGCCAAAAAUCUAAAACAGCCUUACAAAAACAAAGUACAUACAGAAAUUACUUUUUGCUCCAAAGCACUUGAAGGCAGAUUACUGUGACAGGCACAAGUUACAAAAAGCCUUAAAUAACUCAAGCUCAAGGAUUCUCAUCGCUACCACAAAAUCUGGGG